AUGGAAAGCCAUAGGGGACCCCCAGGUCAUGUUCUAUAUAUUUCAUUGUAAUUCAAUCCUGACCGGUCAUGAUUAAAGCCAUAGGGGACCCCCAAGUCAUGUUCUAUAUAUCUCAUUGUAAUUCAAUCCUGACCGGUCAUGAUUACAAUCCUGGCCAAGUCAGGAUUUGAAACCUGACCAUCCAAUCUUGACCGGUCAGGUCAUGAUUAUAAGAUGGCCAUCCAAUGUUGGCCGGUCAUGAUUUCAAUCCUGACCUGGCCAAGUGAGGAUUGAUAACCUGGCCAAUCAAUCCUGGUCCGUCAUGAUUUUCAAUCCUGACCUGGUCAAGAUUUUCAAUCCUGGCCAUCCCAUGUUUUACAUCUUGACCACGUCAUGAUUUUCAAUCUUUGCCAAGUCAGGAUUGCAUUGCGACAGGAUGCAUUACUUCCAAACGCAGUCAUGAUUUAUUCAAGCGUCAAUCCUGGCCGGUCAGGAUUGCAUUCCGCCUGGUUGUAUUACUUCCAAACGCAGUCAAGAUUCUUUAAUACAAAGCUUAAGUAAGAAAAUAUGCAAGUGCUUCCGUCACACUGAAAGCCCGCUAGAUGUGUAUUGAGUGUUUCGCCUCAGCUCAGCUGACACGAAAGGCAAGUUCAGAUGUUUUUCUUUUGGUGAUCUUUAUAGAUAUCUUAUUUAUCUUUUCUACAUAAGCUCAUAUAUUACUCAAUAUUUCAUUUGAAUGGAUUGUGCGAACAGCAUUCCCAACAAGGAAAUUGAUAGUAUUCUUUAAUCGUUCAGAGUUAUUAUGAAGCAAUAUAUCGGUGAUUGUGCAGCUAUAUGUAAAAAAAAAGUUCAUCUCUUGCAACGGAGUUUUGUUGUUGUUUUUUUUUUAAUAAAGAAAAAUUAUACUCUCCAUUGAAUGCACACUAUAAUGCUGCAUGACACUUCAUUGUUUUGUGUACCUUGUUAUUUCUAUAUUUAUUAUACUUUUCAUUAUUUCAGCAUCAUGUUUUGUGUGGAAUGUGGGGGCAGACUCAUAGAUGGGGGCAAGUUUUGCCAUGCAUGUGGCACUUCGCUAAAAAAGAUAUGCGACACCUCAGACUCUGAACUUCCAACAAUUAAUAUCAAGCCAAAAGGUUCAGGAAGCAACGUCCAGUCCAACUCUGUGGUAAAUCGUGAAAGGAUCAAAUCAAAUUUAGCUACGCUAAAAGUCAAAUUCCUUGAAAGUAGAAGUAAAAUGGAUGCGAGACGAUUAAAGAAAGGGAGAAACGAACCACUACCUUCUACAGGUCUUGGGACAUUGGAAGUACGCUUCAUUGAUCGGGCGGAGAAGAGAAUGCAGCUAAUGCUUCCCGAAGGGUCGUCCUUUCUUAAUAUUGAAGUUGAAAGUGUGUCUACCUCAGAAGACUGGAUGCGGAUGGUAACUGCUUUGUUUACACCAUGCCUCCAGUUCUUCUGAGGGAGGGCAAAUAUCAGGAGUUGCCUUCUGGCUCGACCCUGGACUUUUUGAAAGGCCAGACGAAAGGCAAACACCAUGGUUUUUAUGUGAAGGUGUAUGCAUGUGAGUCUUUUUUAUAUUAUUAAUCUUUUAUUCUAUAAAAGAAAAUAUGUAGAAUAAUUCAGAUCUGUACUGGGCUUUAAAGAGUAUUUGAAAUUGAUAGGAAGAAAAGUGAAUUGACUACCCUCAUCCCUUAAAUUAUGUAUAAUUUUUCACCAAAAGAAAUUUAUCUUCAGCUUAUUAAAGUAAAUUAUGAAACAUUCAACAAUGCAAAGAAAUGGAAUUGUUUUUAGUUUUAGAGAUGAUACUGGUUUUAAGAUACUGUGAAAUGUUCUUUGAAAUAAUUGAUAUAUAAUUUUGAUAUGAAAAGGAAUAGGUGUUGAUUGAAUUACAUGUAAUUUGAAUUGGCUUCAAAUGUUUUUAUCAAAGUGUUGAUAUUCUACUUCAAUUUUCCAUUAACUGAACAUCACUAUUAAAUGAUUUUUCAUAUGAAAAAAGAAAUUUCAGCCAGAGGACAGCUUCUAAAAAAUCUCAUUAGAGUAAGAAACAUUGUCUACUGUUGAUAGUUUUCAAUUACUGUUGAAAAAAUAUCAUCUGAUCAAAUUAUGUCUGUUAUGCAAUGAAUGAAGCUAUUUACACAGAUCAUAAACUAUAUCAGAAAAUCAUGAUUUGUUCCAAUAGUUUAUGGUUGGAUAUAGCUUCAGAUAUUUUGUCUAAAUUGGAUGUCACUGGUUCCAUAAAAAAUAAUCAGAUUAAACAGAAUCCGAAGUGCAGGAAAAAUUAAGAAAAAUGUAAUGAAUUAAUUUCCCUUUGAUACAUGUUUCAAGGGACUAAUUCAAUUUUUA